AUGCGAGUUUUCAUUUGUAUUCUGACGCUGUUUUACAUUUCCUCUACUAAAAGAACAGCUAGUUUGGACAAACUUUUCAAAAAUGUCAAUUUUGGUCAGUUUUUCAUACGUUAUCGGAUGUACAUGUUGAUGGUUCUGUCUUCAUAUUAAAUUUUAUGAAAUUCCUUUUGAGACAAGAAUGUUUGAAUCUUCAUUUAGUAUGAAAAGAAUCGUUUUGUUAAUUUUUCAGGGUAUACUCAUACUCAAAUUUGAAUUACUUUUUUCUGGAAGUUGAGCGACCCGAAAAACAGUUUCAAAAAUUUUUAAUUUUUUCGCAUCUCCAUAUUUUCGAGAAUUUUGCUUCUGAACGGAAAUUGCGUAGUUUACCGGAUCUUUAUCUAAAACAAGAUGAAAAAUUAUCUUGCAAGGAAAUGUGAUUAUGAUUGCAUCAGCAAACGCAUCAAACUUGCUUAUCUUGAGUCAUGAGAUUUUCCAGCAAGAUUCCUGAUUAGCGAAUUCGACUACACUGGUUAUCUGAAUCAGGCAGACCAAACGUCAGGAAAAUUCGUGCCUUUCCAAGAUGCAAGCAACGACACUUAUUUCCGAGUUGGCAUGUGCGUCGACUUGAAUUUUCCCCAUUUUUUCUAUUUUUCAGGUUACACAAAUCGCAACUGGAAAAUUAUACAAAAAUUCGAAUGGAAGAGCAGCUUGGCCAAUUGAAAAAUAAACCUUGGCUCCCGGUUCAUACAAUUCGCGAAGAGUUUGCAAAUUGUCUCAAUUUCAAAUACGGAUCUUUAAGUGAAAACGAUUUCAAGGUUCUUCUUCAUCUCUCUUUUAUUCUUGGAGCAUAAGCCAAGAAAAAAAAACGACGUCUCACUUUCACAAGCAAAAAAAGAACAUUCGAGAUUCGUUCAUUUUUAUUUUAAGUUGCUUCUGCGCUUUCCGAAACCUUUUAAAAUACUUAUAUUUCUUUCAAAGACCGCUCUGAGAAUCAUCAGCAAUAAGAAUUUAUGAAAAAAAAGUUACAGUAUGACAAAGGACUAUAUGGCUGGAUGAACAUCAUGAAGUUUUCCUGUGCAGCCAUUAACGACGAUAUUUUUGUCUUUGCAAUGGCGUUUUCUAGAACGAGAUUUCGCUUGAAACAGGUGUUUCUGAAAAGACAAGAAAAGUAAGUUCCCCUGGAAAAGUUAAUUACGAUCUGAAUAAGGAAAUAAGACCUUCAAAUUAGAAUAUGUGUCAUGACGAAGCUUCUAGAAGGCUUGCAUUUGGAGUGAAGACUUCCUAUACAAAAAACUAAAUUAUGCUUCUCUCCAAGAAAGAAACCGGCCAUUAAAAAGCAAAUUAGGGCCUUUUUAGCCUGCAUUUUGCCUCAGCACUCUCGUAAUUAUUUUUUACAGAUACUGGGCAACUUCCGGACGGAGCAUCAUAACCCGUGACGUCCAAAAAAUCACGGAACUCUUUGCGAUCGGCUUCUCAAAGUUUGUGAAUGAGAAGCUGCUCGAAGAAUUGAAGAGAAAUUCGAACGAAGAGAUUCAAGAAAACUUUGGAAAAGACACUCUUGGACGUUUGUUUUAUCGGUGAACCUUCCGUUAAAAAUUAGUUCUUUUCAGAACAUUAUUUGAAAUUGACAAAAGAAACUUUGGACGAAAUGGCUGUCGCGUUUGGAUCGCUCAAAAACCACACGUCUCUUUCUGAAAGCCGCGUUCACACUUUCAAUACUUUAGGGAUCGAGGUCUAUCAAACUCAAUUUUUUCAUCUGAGCUCAAAUAUCUAAUUGUCUGCAAUAUUGCGAGGCAUUUAAAUCAUAUUUUUUUAAAGGUUUCAGCUAAAAAAACCUUUCAAAGCGUCCGUUUCAAAAAUAGAUUCAUGAAUUCGGCAGGUUUUUUUAAAAUCUUUACCUAUCUUAUAAAAAAAAUGUUUCAUGAUCAAUUGAAAGAGUUUUUAAAGUGUGAUUGAAAAUAUGGCUGAAAAUCUGAAUAAAAUUUCUAUGCUUUUUUUCAUGAAGUUUUUUUCAGUCCAAUCUUUCCGCUUGAAACGAAAUAGUCGGAAACAGAAAAUUUUGAAAUCUGCUAGAAACUUUUCAUUUUCUCUUUUUUGAACUGGUUCUCUGUUACUCUGAAGUAUUUAAAAAUGCUCUUAUAACUUCUUGGUGAUACAACCAAGCGGCGAAUAAAUGACUUAAUUUAUUCAAAACUGUUCAUAACAGUCAAACGAUGAAGCACAAACGGAAUGAUUUGGGUUUCCUAAACAAAAUGAAAAAAAACCAAAACUGAUUCAACUCAUAAAUAAUACUCAAAUUUCAGCUGACUGGUCCAUUCAUUUUGAUUUAUUAGUGCAGAUUCAACUGAAGGUCCGUCAAACCGGACUAAAUUAUUCAUUCUGCAGAUCAAGACACGGAUGAUACUGGCGAGUCCUUUGAAAGUGAGCCAGAUUGUUGAGUCUUUUUCGACCGAACUGGAUGAUGAAGCCUUAGAGACACUGGACUCCUGUAACCGUGAAACGUGCUCGCGACAAAAAAUGGUCAGUUUCUGAAUUAUAAUAUCUCUUCAUAACGUUUUUUUUUGUAGACGAAUGAAACGUAUAACCAAAAACUGGAGACACACAACUAUUCGAAGGAGAACGCGUUCGUCCACAAAGUCAACAGCCGGAUGACACUUUUGUCGUUUCAAACCAGCAGACCUUAUUUCCAGUUUGAGACUAUGAAUCGUCGCACUUCGCAUGGCAUCACGUUUGUCGGACUUUUUUUAUUCAUUUUUUUACGGCUGGUUAAAAAAAUUAUUUUUUUCAAGAAAUUGAUAUAAAUGGAAAAAAAGCAAGCACAAAUACAUCAGAAACUACAAGAAUUGGCAUAUUUUUUUCUGAGUUUUUGAGUAAUUAUCGAAACUUGUUCUUUUUCAAAAAUAAGAAAAAAACUCUGUGCAAAAAAAUUAAUGAUUCAAACCUCUUCAAAUAAUUCGUUCUCAAAAAUGAAUCUGAGUAGAACUUAUUAAUUUUUUUAUUUAUUCUCAAACUCAAACGCAUUAGGAAUAGUUUUUGUCAUCAAACGCAAACUUAUCCUUAGGGACCACAGUGAAAAUUCGAAAAAAAUUUUUCUUUUUAAGUGAAAAAAAUUUUAUACUGUUCGAUCCAAUUUUCGAAAUAUUGACUUAUCACUCAAAUAUAACCUUACCACAAGGUUAUAAAAACAAGUAAUUUUUUGACCAAAAACAAAAAUUUGACCGCUGCGGGCAUCGAACUCACGACCCCACAGUAGUGAGCAGGCGUACAUGAACAGUUUCACGUACAUCUUUUUCAACAUUGGUUUCAAAUUAUAAAUUAUUAAUGUUUUUAGGCUACGGAGGAUUUUUUUAUUUUUAUUAUUUUUUUAUUGUCCUAAAAUUGAAUGAAUAUCAUAACUUGAAAAUAAAAAAAUUAGCGCAUUUGACCGGUGAUCAUGUUAAAACAAAUUUCGAAAAAGUUCGAUGUCUAUUUUUUUGCUUCAAACGAAGUUCAUAAAACGAGAUUUAUUUUUAAUGAAUUUUCGAUUAGAUUUUUUUGUAUUAGUUGUCUUGGAAACUAAGUAAAUUUUUUCCAACUUUGCACGGCCUCACAAAGAUUAGGUUACGCGGGAAUUUCAAUUUUUCAAACUCAAGAAACUUAGUUUCCACUUAGAAACACUUUGAAAAAAGGAAAAAUUACGCAUUCAACUUGGAACUAGGGGAAAUAUUCGGAACAGGAGUUUUUUGCAAAGAAAAGGCGGAGCUAUUCGGUCUCUACUUAUAUAACAUGAAAACUUCAUAUGCCGAGAAUAACUACUGCCAUGAAAGUAAAGUCACUGGCGGUGAAUUAACGUCUUUGCAAAUGGGAUACUUUAAGACAAGCCGGUUUGCACUUUCUUUGACGCAAAAUCGCUUUUUAAAAGUUUUAUUUUUUUUUUUUGGAGUGCGUGAAAAACUUGCAAGAUCGCGCUAAAAAAACACGAAGAUAACGGAGUUCCUUUGAGAGGUUGUCAAUGAAUCGCCCCCGACCACAUUUUUUCUUCCUGACAAAAAAAAAAGCCUAUAUCUUUAAAUAAGUAUGUUGCAGAAAGAUCAAACAGAACUUGGACGUCGAAGCAACUAAACUAUGGGACGAUCUUCUGGACCAGCAGUUCUCUCUAGUCAUGCACACCCACUACCGACCUUUCUUCCCGGCACUUUCUGGGAAAACUAACUUUUCUGCAACCCAAUCUUUUUCCUAG